AUGGAUGCAACUAAAGACCAUGGUAUCCUGGAGAAGACAGGUGCGGAGCAUGCUGACUCUGCCGACGACUCUGCCAGCGCUCAUUUUGAGGUCGACGAACAUGCCCUUCCACCAGGUUACUUCCGGAGUCGGUUCUUUAUUGGAUCUAUGACAGGUAUUGGGCUUGGCUUAAUGGCAGGUGUCGCUGGUUUUGCAUAUGCAGCUCCAAUCUUAUCCAUCAUCAACGCUGAUAUCGGUCCUGAUCCGAAUAUUGUAUGGGUUGCACUAGCAUAUACCCUGACGAGUGCCGUCACUCUCACAAUCAUUGGUCGAGUAACAGACAUAUUCGGACGACGCUGGAUUUUUGUUGGCGGAGCUGCUCUUGGAGUCAUCGGUAGCAUCAUCUGUGCUGUUGCGACAAAUGUCCCGAUGUUGAUUGCGGGUACAACGAUUAUAGGCAUUGCCGCUGCCACUCAAUUGUCAUAUUACUACGUGAUGGGCGAAUUGGUGCCGAUGAAGUACAGACUCGCUGGCAAUGCAUUCUGCUACAUCUUUACAAUUCCAGGCUCGGGUGUCGCUCCGCCCGUUGCUCAUGCCCUCCUUCUACACAGUCCCAACGUAGGCUGGAGAGGCUGCUACUAUAUCCUGAUUGGAAUCAACGGUGCCAGUUUCUUAUGCUGGUUUUUCUUUUAUCACCCUCCUACAUUCCGAAUGAAGCAUGGCAACAACGCAAGCCUUAUGCGAUACAUCAAGGACUUUGACUACAUCGGAACGCUGCUAUAUACUGGCGGUCUUCUGAUCCUCAUUAUGGGCUUGAAUUGGGGAGGAUCAGUCUAUGCAUGGAAAUCUGCUCAUGUCAUCGCCACGAUUGUCGCUGGAUUUGUUGGCCUGGUGCUCUUUGUACUGUGGGAGUGCUUUGUCAACCUUAAGGAGCCUCUCGUUCCUAUGCGAUAUUUCCGCAACCGUGGCUGGGAUGCCUCAGUCAUUCUUUCAGGUCUUGGUGCCUCUGUCUAUUAUGCAUUCGCCAUUGUCUGGCCUAGCAUGGUUUCAGUUAUGUAUGGCAAAACAGAUGAUCCUAUGUACGGGGCUUGGCUAUCAGCAUUUGUCGGAUUGUUUAUUAUCAUGGGACAAAUUGUAGGUGGAUUCUUGGGCAAGUCGAUUGGGUAUCUCAAAUGGCAGUGCGUGGUCGGUAUCAUCAUUGGUGCGGUCUGCUUCGGAUCUGUCGCAACUUGCACUCCGGAUACUCGGGCGCGGGCUAGUGCUCUAGUGUCUAUCGGCGUUUUCUCCAUCGGAUGGACUGAGGGCCUUGCCAUCACUAUUGUUACCCUAUCGGCAUCCGAGCAAGAGCAUCUUGGCAGCGCGAGCGGUGUUGCUGGCUCGAUUCGAUUUUUCAUUUGCAACUAUAGCAUCGAUGGUCCCGCCUAA